AUGAAACUCCAGAUGUCGAGCUUUUCGUUUGGGUGUUUCCCCGCUACGACCGAGCUUUCUUUCAAGGUAAAUUCCCAACUUUUUUUUCUUUUUUUGAUGAUAAUUAUUUUUUCAAUUUUCAGCCGGAUACUGCAAUUGUUAACGUCAUCGCGGCUCCUGGGGCCGAGUUGAUUGUGAACCAAUUGGACUGCAAGAACUGCAGCGCUUCGCUCACCUGUGCUUUCGGAGAAAAUCAUGCGAUCAAGGUGAUUUUGUAAUAGGCAUAAUUGAGAAAUAAUUAUUGAGCUUCAGGCCUUGUUUAACACCACUGGAGAUAGCGCUUACCGUGUCAUCAGCAAGAAUGGUUCUGAACUGGCUCACGGGUAAACUUUAUACGAUUUCAUCGAAAUUUGACCUAAUGGUUCAGAAAACGGAAUGAAAACAUAUAAAAUGGAAUAAUUGGUUGUAAAAUAGAAUAUUUUCAGGACCGCUUCCCUCUCUCACAUGGGCACUUACGAAAUCAGCCAGACUGGGCUGAAGGUCCUUGAGAACGGCGAUUACACUCGCUACUUCUGUAAGUUCGCCAGGGAAUAGGAGAAACAUGAUACUAUCAGAAAGCUUCGAGAAGCGCCGCUAAAAACUGUAUUCAUUUUAAAAACGACUUUAUUGGUCAUUCCAAAUGCGACCAACGGAGAAGCAAAUAAAAUUGUUUCAGCGUAUCCUUUGGUCAUCCUGUUCUUCCUGGCUUUCUUCUACCCUUACCUUCGCCAACGCAUCGGCCUUGCUGCUCGCCGCUAUUUGUAAUUUUUAUCAUUGAUCUCAAGAUGCGCUUUUAAAAUUAACACACUAUGACAAGAAAAUUGUUUGAAAACUUGUAGGGCCCGCCGGGACGAGAACUACUCCAGAAUAGAAGAUUCCGAGAUCAUCUACAAUGAGGAAUUCCCCAACCACAUGCAGAACAAGACCUACGUCCUCGUUCACGUCUUGCGCGGGUAAUAAUUUCCAGAAUAGUUCGAUCACUUUCCCAUCAAAUCUUUGCGAAAAUCAGAGCGGUUGGAUUGAAAUAUCAUUUUUUCAGAGUCGCUCUCCUGCUGAUGAUGUUCGUGAACGCUGGGGGCGCUGGAAUGGGCAUUUUCCAGCACUCGAUUUGGGACGGUCUGACGGUCGCCGAUUGGGUCUUCCCAUUGUUAGUGUAGAUUAUUUAUUCUCAGAUGCAUCCGCAAAAAAAAAAAUAAAAAUAUUAAAACUUACGUAUCUUCACUCACGUUGCAGUAAAUCUAUGAACUCGACGUUUUUCACCUCAUGAUUCCCUUUUUUUCAAAAACUUACUCUAAGAAUUAAACUUCAAGGCUGAAACUGAAACCAGGCGAUAAAAAAAAACUUCUUGUUUUCAGCUUCCUGUUCCUCUUCGGAGCCUCCAUGUCCAUCUCCUGGAACGUCAUUUACGGAAGGUUUCUCAGUUGGGAUUUUAGGUAAAUCAAGUAUUAUUACUCUCAAUGAAAGACUUCGAAAUUACAGACCGCAUGCCAGACACGUGUUCCGAAUGACCGAGCUGUUCUUCAUCGGAUUCCUGAUCGUCAAUACUACCGACGAACCAAAGUAAUUCGAAAUUCUCUCAUGGAAAGACUUAUUCAUACCAAUUUCAGCAACUGGGGGAACGUCCGCAUUUUCGGAGUCCUUCAGCGUUUCGCUCUGUGCGGAUUGAUCGUCCACUUUGCUCAUGUUGCUCUGUAUCGCUCUUCAUACGAAGGACACAAGGGAAAUACGGAGGUAUGCUCGCUUUUCCUCCAUUCGGAAUGGCGAAGCGUCGCGGUUGCGCAGCGUUUCACCGCUGAAAAAACAAAACAUCCUAUUUGUAGCGGGCUAUUAAUCGCUGUGUAAUAUGCUAUCCUACAGUCAGAAGGACUUUUUGGGAUGACUUGUUUUGUGUCCCGGAUAGCAACCUCGUACCGAACGAUGUACCGUGAUAAAAUAUUUUUAUUUUAUCUAUUUUCCCUGUUUCAGGAGAACGCAAACAAGAACUGGGUUCGAUUGAUCCAAUUCCGUAUGGUGGCCUUUUUCCUGGUGUUGGGCAUCAUUGCUACGGUACUCCAGAAAACUCUCACGGUGCCUGGUUGUCCAAUGUUUGCCAAUCUGCAUAAGUCAUUAUUUAUUCAUUGAAUAUUCAAGGGGUUACAUGGGACCCGGAGGACUCAUUGAACAAGGAGAAUUCUUCAAUUGUACUGGCGGAAUCACGAGCUUCAUCGACAGCUUCGUUCUCGGACAGAACCACAUGUACAGCAACCCGACAUGCAAGGUCUCAAAAGGAGAAAAAAAACAGGGAUGUCAAAGGGGAAUUGAAAGAGAUGGGCAUUAUACAGGAACCAUAACUCUUGAUAAGGUUUGCAAAUCCAAGAAAGGGCGCUAGAGGAGCCUCUAUAGGGUUUUGCAGAACCCAUCUUAGAAAAAUUUCACAGAAAGACUGAGAAUUUUUCAAAAAAGGCAUCAUUUACUCGACGCUUAGAAGUUUCUUUUAUUAUUUUUUUUGCAGACCCUCUAUCAAUGCCCCGGUUCUUUCGACCCCGAAGGACUCUUCACCACGUUGCUCGCCGCUUACAAUGUCUUCAUGGGCUAUCAGGUUACCAUCCAAAAAAAAUAUUUCUCAUCAAAAAAGCAUUCAGGCCGCUAUCUUCCUCAUGUUUUCCUCGAACAGCAUGGAAUUCCUGCAGUCUUCCUCCUUAUUCACCAUUUCGAACGCGGUUCUUGGAAUCGUUCUCCACUUCACCAUCCUUCCCGCCAACAAGAACCUCUGGUUAGUACAGAAAACGCUUGAAAAGUUUUUGGCCUUGGACUUUCAAUCUUUUUCCAGAAAGCUAUGACUAUUUUUCAGGACUCUCUCCUUUGCUCUCUUGACGACUGGAAUCUCGAUGGGCGUCUUCAGUACCAUUUCUUACGUGAUCUACAAUCACCCACAGCAGGAGUACAGAUACUACCCGAAGAGCUUGCACUACAUGGGUACGCUCAAACUAUUAAAAAUGAUUAUUUUUGGAGUAAUUUGGGAAAAAGGAUAAAAACUAAUGAACUAUGAAUAUUUCUCCAAAUUUCCUAAUUUCAGGGCUCUACUCCCUGGAGAUCUACGUCUUCUCGACGUUCUUGGAAGGCCGCGUCCCGGUCGUCGUCAGCUACCUCAAGCCGUACUUCAUCCAGCAAGCCCUCAGCUCCAUUCUCCUUUGCUUGUUCUUCAUGUUCUACGCCUUCUACCGUCACUACAGAGCCGCUCUUUUCAUUGUCCCCCGCCGCGGUGAAUACACCCGUGAUUGGUAA